AUGCAAACAUCAAAGCAUCACAGAAGUUCAGGCAUGUCGAACCGGUUGUGUUAUCAGCCAGUCCAAGAAGUAGAAGCCUACUGCUUGCCUCGGUUCCAAACUUUGGACCCCCAGGUGCUUUACAACAAUGAGAGCAGCCAAAGUACCGUCUUCUCAGCUCAGAAUUUUCAUAUUAAGUACUGCACUUUGGAGUCUUCCGCAGCAAAUGGCAGCUACACUGUCUAUAACUCCCCAUCAACUGUCAAUUUCUCACUGAACGGAAGCCCGAUGUCACAGCAAGAUUCUCACUCAUAUCCACCACCUGACCACUACCAUUCCCCUGACCAGAAUUAUAGCUCUCCGAUAAGCGGAUCCUGCAUUACCGAUGAUGCAACCGACUUCAAGUACAAGCUGAAACAGUUAGAAACUGUAAUGCUAGGUCCUGAUUCCAAUAUUCUUGACAACUAUUGCAGCACCUUUCAGAAUGGGACUAGCAAUACCCUGCCAGAAACGGAUAGCUGGGGACAGAUUAUGGAUUCAAUCUCUAAAAGGGAUUUAAAACAAGUCCUCAUCUUCUGUGCAAAAGCAGUAGCAGAUAAUGAUCUUUUACUGGCACAAUGGAUGAUGGAUGAACUACGCCAGAUGGUGUCGGUUUCUGGUGAGCCAAUUCAAAGGCUGGGAGCAUAUUUGUUGGAAGGACUAGUUGCACGGAGGGCAUCCUCAGGGAGUAACAUCUACAAAGCAUUGAGAUGCAAAGAACCAGCAAGUUCAGAACUACUCUCCUACAUGCAUAUUCUUUAUGAGGUUUGCCCCUACUUCAAAUUCGGGUACAUGUCUGCAAAUGGAGCCAUUGCAGAAGCCAUGAAGGAUGAAAAUAGAGUUCACAUAAUUGAUUUCCAAAUUGGGCAGGGGAGUCAGUGGCUCACUCUAAUCCAGGCCUUUGCAGCCAGACCUGGUGGACCACCCCACAUCCGCAUAACAGGCAUCGACGACUCCAUGUCAGCUUAUGCCCGCGGAGGAGGACUAAAUAUUGUAGGGAACAGGCUAUCUAAGCUUGCCGAGUUGUUCAAAGUGCCAUUUGAGUUCCAUGCUGCUGCCAUGUCUGGUUGCGAGGUUCAGCUGAAGCAUCUCGGUGUUCGACCUGGGGAGGCAUUGGCUAUGAACUUUGCAUUCAUGCUGCACCACAUGCCAGAUGAGAGUGUCAGCACUCAGAAUCAUCGUGACCGGUUGUUGAGGUUGGUUAAGAGCUUGUCUCCAAAGGUAGUGACCCUUGUUGAACAAGAAUCUAACACAAACACUGCUGCAUUCUUUCCACGGUUUGUGGAAACACUAAAUUACUACACGGCUAUGUUCGAGUCAAUCGAUGUUACUCUUCCAAGGGAUCAUAAGGAAAGGAUCAAUGUAGAGCAACACUGCUUGGCUAGGGAGGUGGUUAACAUAAUCGCAUGCGAGGGCGUUGAGAGGGUGGAAAGACAUGAGCUUCUUGGGAAAUGGAGGUUGCGGUUCGCAAUGGCUGGAUUUACUCCAUACCCUUUAAGCUCCUUGGUAAAUGCCACCAUCAAGACACUGCUAGACAACUACUCUGACAAAUAUAGGCUUCAAGAGAGAGAUGGAGCUCUCUAUCUUGGCUGGAAGAACAGAGAUUUGGUUGCUUCUUGUGCCUGGAAGUGCAAACCGAGCACAAAUUAA